AGGAGGGAACACUGGUGUCCGUUGAAGCUCGCGGCAGAAGCGCACAGUAAACAUUUGGAUCCUAAUUUGCUCCCACAUAUAAACAUCUUCGGAACGAUAUCUUUGCUAGUGGAGUCAGCCUGGAUUGGACACUGCUUUUUUUCCCUCCUCUUGUAAUCCUUGUAAGUGAAAGCCAGGGCAGAGAAGCGGAUACGCGCUUUUGUAGAGAGAGCCAAAGUUUGCCGCCCUAAGUUUGAAGCUCGGGCUUGAGGGGAUCCCGGAGCGCACGGUGCGCCACUUAAUUACUGACCACGCCGAGGUGACUGUGAGGACGAGCUGAAGAUGAAUGACACUGGCAUAUUGUGCAAAAACAACCAAACAGACAGCUUCGCUGAUCAGUCAUGUCAGAAUUCAACUCCCUCGCCUUACAGUCAGAUCGACAUCACCACUUUCAUGCACAUAUUCCCUUCCAUUUAUGGCAUCCUGUGCUCAGUUGGAGUUGUUGCCAACGGGCUGGUUAUCUACGCGGUGGCAGCGUGCAAGAAGAAAAUGGUAUCAGACAUCUACGUGCUUAACCUGGCAAUAGCAGAUAUGCUCUUCUUGCUUGUGAUGCCCUUCAACAUUCACCAGCUGGUCAGAGACAGGCAGUGGGUUUUCGGAAACUUCAUGUGCAAAGCGGUCGUUGUGGUGGAUGUCAGCAACCAGUUCACCACAGUGGGGAUUGUCACUGUGUUGUGCAUUGACCGGUACAUAGCUAUUGUCCAUCCCACCUCAGAAAAGAGGACCGUGCAGUGGACCAUCAUCAUCAAUAUUCUGGUGUGGCUGGGCAGCUUCCUCCUCUCCGUCCCCGUCAUGAUGUACGCCAAGGUUGUGAGCAGGCAGCAUUUGGAGGUGUGUAUGAUGUACCUGGACGGGCCUGAAGAUAUGUACUGGUACACUCUCUACCAGUCUAUCCUGGGCUUCAUCAUCCCCCUCAUCAUCAUCAGCACCUUCUACUCGCUCACCCUCUACCACGUGUUCAGCUCCAUACGUCGGGUCAAGCGUAAGCAGUCUGUUUGGGCUAAAAGAGCCACUAAGAUGGUCCUCAUGGUCAUCGCCCUGUUCCUGAUCUGCUGGUCGCCCUACCACGUCAUCCAGGUGAUCAACCUGAGCAACAACAAGCCAACCGUCGCUUUUGUCUAUGCCUACAACAUCAGCAUCUGCCUCAGCUACUCUCACAGCUGCAUCAAUCCGCUCAUGUUGCUCAUCUUCGCCCAGAAUUACCGUGAGCGUCUGUGCCGAAAGAACGCGCUGCACAGCUCCCAGCACUCCUCCAAGGCGACGGUGGUCAAAACAGAUGGCUCCAGCACGACAAACGACCCCAACUACCGCUGUACGGUCAUCUAACUUUUUUUCUAUAUAUACACAUAUGUACAUGUAAAUAUAUUGCUGCUUAACACAGAAGAAAGGAGCUCGGAUGGAUGGAAUCACCAUAAACUCAUGCCACCUAACGUAAUGGCACGAGCAGCUGAAGCACGAGCAGCAAAAGCAACCGCAGCUGAAAAAAACAGGAAAGUGGAAGUACUGUUUUUUUCUCUUUUAGCCUCAGUGUUUCCAUUAGCCUUCAUAAACUGUACUUCCAGUCUCUUGCUGGUCAGUUGCAACACUGAAGUGCAGCUUGCUGGAUAAGCGUUCACAUGCUGAGUGUGUGAAAUGAUGUGAUGUUCAGGACUCUUUCUAUGGGAGGGUGAUAGAAGGAGUCAGCUUUAUUAUGUGUUUGACGGAUAAUGUUAACACACAUGGUGGCAUGUUCAUUCUGAGCGUAUGUGACAGCUAUCAGCACCAUUUUCCAAGAAGGAACUAUUUAUAAGGGCUCCUGUGUUGGAACCGAUGGCUUUACUAAUGGUGAAUACAUAAUUUACAUCAUUAUUUUGCAUAUCCAUCCAUUUACUUUCCACCUUAUAUGAGGCCUUGGUUGGCGAUCUACUAAUAAUUUCUCAUGGUUCUUCCACCAGCAGCUCAGACGUUACCAAAGAAAUAGGUCAUCAACCCCUACUGUAUCACAAUUGACACAUACAGUUUUUUUUUUAAACAUCUACAUCACCCGUGUGAUUUGUUCCCCCCGAAACACUGAAAAAAAAUCACAAUACAUUUUUAAGCAAUGAAAAAAUUGAAAAAAGUCAGAUAUAGAAAAAGUCAUAUAUGGCAAUUACUUCACAUUUCAGACUAUAAGGGGUUAAUUAGGAGUAGUAAUAGGGAAAUCAAAAUAAGUCUGUUUUCAUCAUGGGUAA